AAUUUUCCUUUUUUUUUUUUAAAUGUUAAUAUUUUAUUUGUGUUGUAUCAGCUUUAGAGUUUUUCUCAAUUUCCUAAAUUCGACAAAAAAGAAAAUCUAAAAAUUGCUAACCAUUUUUUUACAAGAUGUUGAGCUCAUUGGCAGGAAAAUUGCAAGGGAAAACUAAAUUCUUAAUCGAUGUAUUGAAAUUUUACGAUGCUCGAAUGUUAAAAUCCUCAUCUAUGUCAGGAAUUGGGAAACGCGGAGAUCCCUAUCUAGUGAAAGUGGUGCAGGGAAGAUCCCGAAAACAUAGUAUUGCCAGUGCAAAGGAUAAUCAUCGAUAUGGCGAGGAUAGCUGGUUUAUUAGCUCAACGCCCAAGGCUGAGGUUAUGGGCGUGGCCGAUGGCGUAGGUGGUUGGAGUGAGUUGGGCAUAGAUUCAGGACUCUUUGCCAGUGAAUUGAUGUUUUGGUGUGCAAACUAUGCCAAACGUGAGAGCUUCGAUGGGAGAACUCCACUUGAUCUCUUGAUUGAGAGUUACAGCGAAAUCAAAGGUAAAACCGAUCCAAUUGUGGGAAGCAGUACAGCCUGUCUGGUAUCUCUGAAUCGACGAGACUGCACCAUGCAUUCAGCUAAUCUGGGUGACAGUGGCUUUCUGGUCAUACGAAAUGGUCGUAUGCUGCAUCGUUCCGAGGAGCAAGUACAUGAUUUCAAUGCGCCAUAUCAGUUGACAGUGGUGCCCAAUGAACGAUUCGAUAAUGUGUAUUGUGAUCGACCCGAGUUGGCCGACUCAACUAGAUUGCCUUUGCAGGAGGGAGAUCUUGUACUUUUGGCCACCGAUGGUCUGUUCGACAAUGUGCCCGAAAGUCUGAUAGUCAAGACAUUGGGUAAAUAUCAGGGUGUGACUAGAGAAGAAGAUUUACAAUCGGCUGCAAAUAGUUUAGUCCAUAUGGCAAAAGAUCUCUCGAUUAGCCCUAAUUUCGAAUCACCAUUCGCCCUCAAGGCGAAGGCCUUCGAAGUGGAUUAUCCAGGUGGCGGCAAGCCAGAUGAUAUCACUGUUAUCUUGGCAACUGUUGCAGUGCCACAAAAUGACUAAAUCUGAUCCUGUCUUAUCAGUUUGAAGAGGCCUUUCACUUCAAGGUGUUGCUGUAGGUGUUUAUUUGUGUAAAUAUUUUAUAUUUGAUGCCUAUCAGAAGUCAACAAAAACCAGCGAUAAAAAUUAUUAUAGUAUAAAACAAAAAAAAAA